AUGUCUGAUUCGAGUUCGCAUGUGUUGCAGCAGCCAGCGAUUGCGUGGUGGGGGCCUGGUCCCCUUGGUCGCCCUGCGCCCAGCACCUGGGCAAGUGCUGGCACAGCGAAGGCAGGCAAGUGCGCUUCAGGGCCGUCACUGCCGCGGCCCACAACGGCGGCCGUCGCUGCCCUCGCCUGCGCCAGAAACGCAAGUGUCUCUGCAGUCGGGCCAGGCGUCCCUGAGGCCAACGUGCGGCAGGACGACACGCUGGGACGGGUCUGCGCGACGAGGUCGUUCUUUUUUCCGAUGGACGGAAUAGAGAUGCUGGGCUUUCGCCACUUGCAGAUCAUCGGUCACAUCCCGACCGGAUUUCUUCCUUUUCGGCCGAUUCCUUUCUUUCCCGCAUUUGUUUGUUCCCAGGAUCAAUGAAGGUGGGAUAAUAUAAGAGUUGUGGGCAUUGC